UGUCACCUAGUACCUACUGUUUUGCAGAUUUUCGUCUUUUGCAGGAUUGACACUCAAUUCUUCAGUUUGUCCUGUCAAUAUUUUGACACACUUUUUACUGUUCAGUCCUAAAAGGCAUACUUCCGAAACUAUUCAAUUGUUAGUGAAUAAGGCGUGAUGUUAAAUUAUUGAAAGUAAAGAGUAAAGUUCAAAGUGUUCAAUAGUUUAUAAAUGUCUUAAUAUAAAUCUUGUUAAACAUCGAUGUAUCAACGUUGCGAAGAAUUUUUUUUUUCUAUCGCCUAAAAUAAAUGAUGUGCUUGGGUGUGUGUGCUAAAACAAAUUCUAAGAUGAGGUGACUUUGGAAAUAGAAAAAUCAACCGAGCUUCCGCUUAAGCUCUUCGUGCGUUUAGAAAAUUAAUAUUUAUGAUAAUGUGUGUACAUUGGAGUUGGUAGAAUCUACUAAAAAAGGUGUCUAACAUAUUCAUCGCGAACAAACAACCUAACCGUGGCGGCGUACAAUCAAAUAAGUUCUCGCACCUCGGGAUUCUGUAAUGCACGCAAAUGUGCAUACAGAUCGGGGAGGGGGUGGAGGAGGGUCAUGGAGGCUUCCUCCAGAUGAAACUCUGCAAGUAGCAGAUCCAAAACAAAAAGAAGAACAGGAUCUUUUUCCUCCGGAAGGUCAUAACUGGAAAAGUAUAGUAUUUUCGCUACUGGUAAUCGGAUUUGUAAUAUCUGGAAUUGUUACAGCUAUUUAUUUGUUAGGCUAUGUAGAUGAAUUACUCUACUGGUCCGGAAGACGUAUGAAGUUAGAUGAAUUUCUGCAGAAAGAAAUUAUACCACAAAGGCUUCCUUCUAUGUGGAUAAACAAUAAGCAAUUUGUUUUCCAAUCAGACGAUGGGGGGCUCGCUGUACUAGAUACCACUACGAAUUCUGUCUCGACAUUGGUUACGAACCAUACACUACGUCAAAUCAACGUGAAGGGCUACCAGUGUUCUCAUGAUCUCCGCUAUGUCCUAUUCAAGCAUAACAUGAAGCAGGUUUAUCGAUUAUCGUUUACUGCUCUCUACACCGUGUAUGAUGUUGCAAACGAUCAUCAUAUGCCAAUUAGGCUUAAAGACGCUACGAAAACACAACGGUCUCGAUUACAGUUCGUUUCAUGGGUUGGAAAUACAACAGCAAUAGCCAUUGUUGCCGAUAAUGACAUAUAUUUAAGACAAUCACCAUCAGACGAGGAAGAUCAUAGGCUAACAUUUACAGGAGAAGAAAAUACUAUUUAUAAUGGCGUACCUGAUUGGCUGUAUCAAGAGGAGAUUUUUAAGUCGUUUGAUGCAAUUUGGUUCUCGCCGGACGGAUCACACAUUAUGUACGCUUCCUUCAACGAUACGCGCGUUGGUGAAAUGAGUUAUCCAUGGUUUACAUCAAAUCCCAUUUUGCCAGCAAACAAGGAAGACGAAAGAACACUUUUCCCUAUCUCUAAGUAUAUACGAUAUCCUACGCCGGGUUCAAUGAAUCCGGAAGUGAAAUUAUGGGUUGUGGAUAUAUCAAAUAUUAGCAAUAUACAAACAAGCGAACUGAUCAAACCUGUUGCACUGGAAGGACAGGACCUUUAUUUCCUGUCUGCAUGCUGGGUAGGAACUCCUAAUAGCCAAAUAUCAACGAUUUGGAUGACACGUUCUCAAAAUCUGUCGCACAUAAUUUCGUGCUCUAGACCGUUAUGGAACUGCACCGAGCACCAUUCUGAAAGAGCGCCUGAAAACGAAUGGCUUGAUAUAUUACCUCACCCUGUUUUUGCUCCAGAUGGGGACAGCUUUUUGAUAUUGGCAGGUGUUCAAGAGACGGGUACGGAACACUUUACUCAUAUAAAACAUGUUACAAUAACCCAACAACGAAUAGCUGUGAUAUCACAUGGCCGUUAUGAGGUGGUUCGAAUAUUAGCAUGGGAUACUUAUAAUCACUUGGUCUACUAUCUUGGCACUCACGAUAAAAGGCCUGGUCAACAACAUCUCUACAUCGUAAAAGAUCCAGUGUACGACGAGUUAAAAAGAUCUGAGCCAACAUGCAUUACCUGUGAUCUGAGUGAAGUUCUAUGGAGCAGCCGCUACUAUUACAGCAAUUGCACCCAUUUCAAUGCUUAUGUUAGUCCACCGUCUAGGAUAGCUUCGGAUGAUGGCAUAACUCACUACGUACUCGAAUGUAAAGGUCCUGGGCUACCACUGGCAGUUGUCCACACGGCACAAAAUCACAGACUAGUUCGAGUGUUAUUCGAUACUAGACCAGCGUAUAGUAGUAAAUUGCAAGAGCUCGCGCUUCCAACCCAACGAUCAUUUGAGAUUCCGUUGCCGCAUGGAACACGUGCGGCGGUGCAACUAUUGCUUCCACCCAGCUGGAGAGAAGAACUAAGAGAUGCGGCCUACCCGGUACUCGUAGAAGUGAACGGGAAGCCGGGUUCAUUCGUCGUUUCCGAAGAGUUCAAAAUGGAUUGGGGUACUUAUAUGUCUAGCCAUAAUGACGUUGUUUAUAUUAAGCUCGAUGUACGCGGUGCUAGAGGACAAGGCAAAAAAGCACUUUACAGACACAUUGGGGGUGUGGAAGUUCAAGAUCAAAUAGCCGUUAUAAAGUAUCUACUGGAAACAUUGAAGUUUUUGGAUGAAAGUCGUAUCGCUGUGUGGGGUUGGGGUUACGGUGGUUACGUGACAGCUAUGAUUCUUGGAUCGCAACAAAAUGUCUUCAAAUGUGGAAUAUCUGUUUCACCGAUCACCGAUUGGCUGUACUAUAAUUCUGUCUUCACAGAGCGAAUUUUGGGAAUACCUGCCGAGAACUAUAAAGCUUACGUAGAGGCUGACGCUACUCAAAAAGGGAAACAAAUUCCAUCCAAUUCUUAUUUAUUAAUGCAUGGACUAGCAGACGUUACUGCUCCGUAUCAGCAUGGAAUUCAACUAGCAAGAGCUUUAACAGAGUCCGGUACAAUCUUUCGAUAUCAAAGCUAUGCUGACGAAGGCCAUGAGUUAUUUGGUGUGCUAGAACAUGCGUACCGAACUAUGGAGGAUUUCUUGAAGAAAUGUUUAUCAUUGGAUUCGGACGAUGAUAAACCGAAAGAAGCGCAUGUACCGAGUGAGUGAACGAAAAAUCAAUAGGUUGAGCAUAAAUUGUGUUGUCCAAUAGCUUCCAAAAAAAUAAAAACUCGAUGAUUGUGAACAGUCCCAAUUCGAAUUAGCAAUUGAAUCUCUACUACAUAUCAAAUUGUAAAAGAAAACAUCGAAGAAAUUGAAAAUGCUCGUUUUUAAGUUCUCGAUGUUCAGAUCGGAAGCCUAAAUCCCUCAUAAAUGUCGUAAAUUUAUAUUUAAAGAAAAAUAUAGAAUACCAACAUUUUGUGACGAUCAUGUAAUCUAUGACAUUACAAAUGUAUAUAGGCGCAGCAUACUUACGAUAAUCAAAAGGAUGAUACAAAUACUUUUUGUGUGAUGUUUUAGAAAAUAAUGAACUUUGUGAAUUGAGGGAAAGUAGGAUAAUCGAUAAGCUUGCCUUAAGAAUAUGUAUAUACAUAUAAAUAUAUCUGUAAAAAAUAUUGAAUAAUUCGUUAAGCUAAUUAUAAAAAAAACACGAGUGACAGACUUGUUUAUUCUUCUUCAGACUUAUUCUUUUUGUAACGAAUUUGUUUUUGACCAGUGAGUAACAAUUUACUGUAGAACUUAAUAAAAUAGUUAUAUUUGGUAAGAUCUAUUUUGUUGAUCAA